UCUCUGACCCGCAGGGUCGCGCACGCGCACGCGCCGACGGGAAGGGGCGAGGCCCCGGGCGCGCAUGCGCUUUCGGCAGCCGCUUCUGAACCUUGGCUGACCGUCUGGACAGAGCAGUGUCCGAGGAGCAUGCGCAGUCCCUGCAGAGCCUUCUGGCUUCUUUUUUGCGUUUGACUCCUCUCUGCGUUUGUUCGCCUAGUUUCCCCGCGGGGUUCACCGAGACUCUAAGGGUUCGCAGAGACUCUGAGGGUUCCUGGGUCUUCGACCUCAGGGUUGUAACUUUAUGCAGCCUCUGUCUCACCAUGUGCCUAAGGAGGCUUUUCCAGUCUUCCUCUCUCCACUGGACAUGGAGAACCACUGCCCUGAAACGUCCCCUGGGCAGGCAUCAGGGAGUCCGCUGGACACAUUCUGGAGGCCAGAACUACAGAGCAGUCAUUUUCGAUAUGGGCGGAGUUCUUGUGCCUUCUCCAGGGACAGUGGCUGCAGGAUGGGAGGUGCAGAAUCAUGUCCCUUCUGGAACUAUAGUGAAGGCUUUUAUCAGAGGUGGUGACAGUGGGCCCUGGAUGAGAUUUAUGAAAGGAGAGAUGACGACCGAGCACUUCUUGGAAGAAUUCGGGAGACUGUGCUCUGAAAUUGCAAAGACUCCUGUGCCCGUGAGCUCCUUUUUCUCUCUGCUGACCAGUGAGCAAAUGGCAAAGCAGUUCCCGGUGAUGACACAGGCCAUCUCUCAGAUCAGAGCAGCGGGCCUCCAGACUGCAGUCCUGACCAAUAACUUUUGUCUUUCCAAUGGGAAAAGCUUUUUGCCCCUGGACCAGAAACAGUUUGAUGUGGUGGUCGAGUCCUGCCUGGAAGGCAUCUGUAAGCCAGAUCCCAGGAUAUUCCAGCUGUGCCUGCAGCGGCUCAGCCUGCAGCCCUCAGAGGCCAUUUUUCUUGAUGAUCUGGGACCAAAUCUAAAAGUGGCUGCCGGCCUGGGCAUUCACACCAUUAAGGUUGAGAGUCCUGAGACAGCAGUGAAGGAACUGGAGGCUCUGCUGGGUUUCCCACUGCAUGUGGGCGCUCCCAGCACUCGUCCUGUGAGGAAGACCAUGGAGAUCCCGCAAGAUGCCUUAGAGAAGUACCUGAAGGGCUUGCUGGGCACCCACUACAUCGGCCCCAUGGAGCUCCUUCAGUUUGAUCACGGACAGUCAAACCCAACAUACUAUAUCAGGCUGGCUGACCGUCAGCUGGUUCUGAGGAAGAAACCCCCGGGGACCCUCCUUCCCUCUGCCCAUGCCAUAGAAAGGGAGUUCAGGAUCAUGAAAGCCCUUGGGAAGGCAGGAGUUCCUGUUCCCACUGUUCUUGACCUCUGUGAAGAUUCAAGCAUCAUCGGCACCCCCUUCUACUUGAUGGAGUACUGCCCCGGCAUCAUCUACAAAGACCCCUCCCUGCCAGGCUUGGAGCCCAGCCAGCGGGAAGCCAUAUACAGUGCCAUGAACCAAGUCCUGUGCAGAAUUCACAGUGUGGACCUGCAGGCCACCGGCCUGGACAGCUUCGGGAAGCCAGGGGACUAUAUUCCUCGCCAGGUGCAAACCUGGACCAAGCAGUACCGAGCAGCAGAGACCAGCAGCAUCCCAGCGAUGGAGAGGCUUAUCCAGUGGCUGCCACUGCACCUUCCAAGGCAACAGAGAACCACAGUGGUACACGGUGACUUCAGGCUGGAUAACCUGAUAUUCCAUCCUGAAAAGGCGGAAGUGCUGGCUGUCCUGGACUGGGAACUUUCCACCUUAGGAGACCCCUUUGCUGAUGUGGCCUACAGCUGCCUGGCUCACUACCUGCCAUCCAGCUUUCCCAUGCUGAGAGGGUUCAAGGGCCAGGAUGUGACGAAGCUGGGCAUCCCCACCGUGGAGGAGUACUUCAAGAUGUACUGUCUUCAUAUGGGCCUCCCACCCAUCGACAACUGGAACUUCUACAUGGCUUUCUCCUUUUUCCGUGUGGCUGCAAUCCUACAGGGAGUCUACAAGCGGUCGCUCACAGGACAGGCAAGCUCGGCAACAGCCGAACAAAGUGGAAAGCUCUCUGAGUCCAUGGCUGAGCUGGCCUGGGAUUUUGCCGUCAAAGAAGGGUUCCGGGUUUUCAAAGAGAUGCCAGCCACCAAAACACUGACGAGAUCCUACCAUGCAUGGGCUGGGCAGCGGUCCCUGAGGACCCCCACGGGUGUGAGGAGUCACAGCACUAUAGCAGCUGCUUCCCCUUCUCACGAGGCAAAGGGAGGCCUGAUCAUCUCUCCAGAGGGCCUGUCUCCUCCGGUCAGAAAGUUGUAUGACCAGCUGUGGCAGUUUAUAGAACAGAAGGUGUACCCAUUAGAGCCAGAGCUGCAGAGACACCAGGCCUCAGCUGACAGGUGGAGCCCUUCUCCACUGAUAGAAGACCUCAAGGUAAGCAAGCCCAGCCUGUCAGUGUGGCCUACAGGGUUUCUCUGUGUAACCCUGCCUGUCCUGGAAUUUGCUUUGACAUCAAUUCCCUUUCUGUAUUUCUGGGUUCAAUGUUUCCUCCUUAGCUGUGAUCGAGUUAGAAGCCUAAAGCCAAUGCCAGUAGAUAACCCUACCCGAAGGAAAGUAUACAGACAACCAGAGAAACUGCAUUUUGGUCUUCCAGGUGGCUUUGGUGAAGUACAGUUCAAGGACGUUCGUGUGCCCAAGGAAAACAUACUUCUGGGCCCUGGCCGAGCCUUUGAGAUUGCUCAGGGCAGGUUGGGGCGUGGCCGGAUUCAGAAUUCCAUGAGGUUGAUCGGGCAUUCAGAGAGGGCCCUGGCACUCAUGAAGACAAGGGUGAUGUCCCGCACAGCCUUCGGGAAGCCCCUUGUGGAGCAUGGCACCAUCCUGGCAAACAUUGCCCGGUCACGUGUGGACAUCGAGCAGGCCCGGCUGCUGGUGCUGAAAGCUGCCCACCUCAUGGAUGUGGCUGGAAAUAAGGUGGGAGGCCUCAGAGAUGACAGGAGUCACCCUGAGGUGACACUGGAAUCUACCCAUCUCUCGUUGUGUGGCAAACUGUGGGAAAGCUCAGCUCAUGGACACUGUCAGGCUUUCUUCUGUUUCCCACUCUGUGUCUGCCAGGCCUUUGGAGCAGCAGGCCUCAGCAGUGACUACCCCCUGGCUCAGUUCUUUGGCUGGGCUCGAACCCUGCGCUUAGGUGAUGACCAGCUGAAGGUGGCUAAGAUAGAACUAAAGAGUCACUCCAGGCUGCAGGAGCCAGCAGCGCCCAGAGUGUAGAUGCUGCGUUUGGAAAGGCCUGGUACGUGUGGUUCUUACAUCCCAACCAGCAAGUCAGACUGGGACAGUUACUGUGACUUGAGCCUCCUGGAGUCUCUUCAAGAAGAUGUUUCUGGAGACACUGAGUUAGAGCAUGCUUUAGCCAUGCAGGCAGGAGAUUUGGGUGCAUGCCUGGGUAGCUGUUCUUGAGUUCUUCAGAGUUGACCUGUGACCACCCCUUCCUCCAGGCUGUAGAAAUCUGGACACCGUGUGCUCUGAUCUCUCUAGAGUCAGUGAGGCUCCUUCUUGCAGAGGGCAUUGGGCCACUGUAGAUGCUCCUGGGAACUGUUAUGAAGCCCCUCUGUGACCACUGAAGUGCCCAUGUCAUAGAAUACUGAUUCAGAUGAUCUGUUGGAAAGGGGCUCUGGGGACACAAAGAAUUUAUGUCACAUGAAGGACGUGGGAAAUAAAGGUUCCCACAGCCCCGUGA